UAAAUUAAGCAAAGAGGUAGAGGCCACGAGCCCACGACAUAGUUGACAUCCCCUUUUCUCAAAAAAUAGUUCAUAUUUAUAAUUAUUUUUGGAAAAAAAAAGAAAAAAGAAAAACUCUCCGCACCAUUCAAAUCAUACAUCUCUCCAUUCACAUUUCUCGGAUCCUCCUAUUUAUUUAUACACCCUUCAAAAAAUCCAAUCAAUUUCCAAACAAAAACCUUUAAUACUACAAGAUCUCAAUUACCAAUCAAUCAACCCAAAGAAACGAUGUCGUACUACCCAAGAGGCAGCGGUGGCGGAGACUACGACGGCGAUGACUUCGAAGAAUACGAUCCAACCCCUUACGGCGGAGGUUACGACCAAGCACUCACCUACGGCCGUCCUCUCCCUCCUUCCCAUGAGACUUGCUACCCUCCUUCCUCCUCCGGCAGCGAUGGCGGAGGCAUUGACUACGAUCGUCCUCAUUACUCAUCCUACGCCGAGCCAUCCGCCUACGGCGAGGAGGCUCAGGAGAAUGAGUACAAGAGCUAUGCCCGCCCUGGAUCUCGCCCGCCGAUCACUUACGGCGGUACACCCCAACCCGCUCCCGCUUACGGAAGCGGGUCGGGGUAUCAGCCCCACCUUCCCCAACCUGGUUAUCAUCAAGGUGAGGGGAUAGGUGGUGGCUCAGAAUAUGGUGGGAGACCUCAAUAUGAAGCACCCACCUCUGAAUAUGGAUCUGGGUAUGGACGGAAACCCGAAUAUGAAGCUCCGACUUCGGAAUAUGGAUCUGGGUAUGGGAGGAAGCCCGAGUAUGAAGCUCCGACCUCUGAAUAUGAAUCUGGGUAUGGUAGGAAAUCAGAGUAUGAAGCUCCAACCUCCGAAUAUGGAUCUGGGUAUGGUAGGAAACCCGAGUAUGAGGCUCCGACUUCUGAAUAUGGAUCUGGGUAUGGAAGGAAAUCUGAGUAUGAGGCUCCGGCUCAGGAAUAUGGAUCUGGGUAUGGGAGAAAGACGGAGUAUGAAGCACCGGCUCAGGAAUAUGGGUCUGAGUAUGGGAGGAGGACUGAAUAUGAAGCGCCGACUCCGGAAUAUGGAUCUGGGUAUGGUGGAGGAAGGAGUGAGUAUGAGAAGCCUAAGUAUGGAAGGGAGGAAGGAGAAGGAUAUGGUGGAUCAUCUUAUGGUAGGACUGAGUAUGAGAAGCCUAAGUAUGAAAGAAAGAGUGAUGAUGAAGAUGAAGGCUAUGGCCGCAAGAAAUAUGGUCACAAAUCUGACAAUGAUUCUGAUGAUGAUGAUGAGAAGCGUCGUCAGAAGUAUCAUCACCACCACCAGCGCAGGCACCAUGAUGAGGACUGAUAUGAUUUAUCAUCUAAGUUAAUCUCCCCCAUCUCUGUCCUUUGAUACUAAAAUAAGGGGUUGAGGCUUUGAGAGUGAUUGGCGUGUAGCAUACCUGCUGCUUUAUGUAUUCUUGUUUGAUGGCCAAUGGGCCUGUGUUAUUCUAUUAUGUAUUUCUAAAACAAAACUCCUGUGUGUUUUCUAUUGAAUGGAGUUUAUGUUGUUUUGGUCUAUUGAAGCAUAAUUUAGCUCAGUUUCCUGGUUCUAUUUUCUU